GGGGGGUUUCUGACAGGAUUUGUCCUCGUUGUUUCGCUUUUGGUUUAUUCCAAAUGAAUCCUGUCCUCGCAUGGGUUUCAGUACUUUGCCGCGAUGUGGAAUAACGUAUUUCUCGUUGAAAAACGAAUAUUAAAGGAACCCCCCAAUGUAUCGACUCGAACGUGAGUGUUGAAAAGUCCUUGCCAAGGGGCCGCCCGUGAAGGCAUCAUCGCCCAGCCUUCAGCGCUCUCCUGAGACUUACAUAAUAAAUGCAGAGCCGCCCACUUCGAUUUCCUGCAAAUAGGCCUCCAACCGAAACUGCAAAACAUUCUCAAGUCCAGACCAGCAACCUCCAACAUCCGCCCUCACCUGAGAGAAGGAAUUAACCCCCACCAAGAAGAUGAUUUUCGACAAGCUAAAAAAGUUGGACAUAGUCUUCGACUCCACGGACGUGGACUGUCCCCCCGUGUACAGCAGCGGGGACGUGGUCUCCGGCCGGGUGGUGCUGGAGCUCACCAGGGAGGCGCGACUGGACUCCCUGAAGCUCCACGCCGAAGGCUUCGCGAAGGUGCACUGGACCGAGUCCCGCUCCGCAGGCUCCAGCACCGCCUACACGCAGAACUACAGCGACGAAGUGGAGUAUUUGAACCGGAGAGAAGUGCUGCUGCAGGCAGAUAAUGGAGAAGUGACCGUCCUUCCUGCGGGCAGACAUGAGUUCCCGUUCAGCUUCCAGCUUCCAGAGGAGACGCUCGUCACCUCCUUUGAGGGUAAACACGGCAGCAUUCGUUACUGGGUCAAAGUGAAGCUGCACAGACCAUGGGCAGCCGUCAAGAAGAUCAAGAAGGAGUUUACAGUCAUUGAGCCCAUUGACAUAAACACACCAGCGCUACUGGCACCACAGGCCGGAACAAAGGACAAGAUGGCACGAACGUGGUACCGCAACUUUGGACAAGUGUCUGUCACUGCAAAGAUUGACCGCAAAGGUUACACGCCAGGCGAGGUCAUACCAGUCUUUGCAGAGUUUGACAAUGCCACUUCUCGGUCCAUCAUACCCAAAGCCUUCAUUACGCAGACUCAGACGUUCAUUGCCCGCGGCACCAUGAAGCAGAAGCGCUCAGUGGUGGCCACUCUCAGUGGCGACGUGGUGGGCGCCAGGUGCAGAGAGACCUGGCACGGUCGGGCCAUCAAGAUCCCACCCGUGGGUCCGUCCAUCCUGCAGUGCCGCAUCAUCAAAGUGGAAUACAUGCUUAAAGUGUGUGUCGACGUCCCGGGGACCUCCAAGCUGUUUCUUGAGCUGCCCCUGGUCAUAGGCACCAUCCCUCUCCAUCCUUUCGGAAGCAGGACCUCCAGCGUCAGCAGCCAGUACAGCGUCAAUUUGGAGUGGCUGCGUAUGGCCAUCCCCGAGCAGCCCGAGCCUCCUCCAGAGUACAGCUCUGUGGUGACGGAGGGCGAGGCUGAGCAGUGCAGCAGCAACACGGCGUCUCCUCAACCGGUCGACGAGCUGAGCGGGAUCCUCGAGCGUCCCCUUAUGGCGUUUGUGCAAGAGUUCCGCUUCCUACCGCCGCCUGUGUACAGUGAGGUUGACCCCAAUCCUCAGCCCUUGAACAUAAGGCCUCGCUGCAUGACGUGCUAAAUUGCAAGAUCCCGCCUGAGCGUUGAGCGACUUCAAUGAUCCUGUGAAUCAGAAGGUCCGUCUUCUCCGAUUCGUCCUCUUUGAAAAGCGGCACCUGGUUGCAUCGGUGCUGCCGAGAGACUGUGGUGAGCGCCGUGGUGAUAGCCGCGCCGGGGCUAAAAGAUGGCGGGAGGAGCCCCUUGCUUUGUUUCCAGUCCGUACGUGGACUCUUUGCGGUUCUGCUGAGAUGGAAACAGUGGCUCGACAUCAGAGAACUUUGCCUUCUGAUGAGAGCUGCAAUAACCUCCCGAUUCCAAAUCCCCUGAUCUGAAAGUGAGAUUUAAGGAGUUUUGGACUAGUUGGGAGGGUGGGGGAUAUCAUUUUGUGCCCAGUGGGCAUUUCAGGUGUCAAAGUGCCUUAAAUUGACAAGUUUACGAUACAUUGUCAUCUUUAAAAUGAUGUAAAGAAAGAAGUGCAAUUAUUGUCCAGUCUUUACGUCCCCUUUAACACAACGUUAACAUGAUGUGUUUUUAGUGCCUGUGAUGAUUUCUACUGUUAACCGAGCACAUUACACGGAAUGAUAGUGUAAUCGUAAAUGCAGCUGAGAAGUUGAGUAAGCCAGACAGAGAUGUGUUUUUUAUGCAUGCAGUAAACCGUAUGUGAAAGGGAAAAUACAUAUGCCUUGAAGGGUAUUGGUAAGUUGAAAAGAAAGAAAAUGGAACAUGAACAGUUAGACGGUCAACUUUGUAUUGUCAACGAAGUGUGGAAGUUUGUGGAUGCACGUAGCGGAAACAGAAUGUUGGUGUUUACAAUGGCACAAGGCUCACUGAUAAGCCUUAAAACAAGCUUUAAACUGGAGAUGCCUCUGGCGUUUACAGAUUGAGAUCAUUCCAAAAAAAAAAAAAAACAACUCUGGGAUUAUCUAUUCCUGUACUUCCAAAACAAAAGUGAGUAAUGAGUGGGAAAGUAAGUCUGGUGUCAGCUGUAUGAGAGCAUGAAUGUCUUUUUAAUACAAAUACAAUGUUAACUCUCAAUCUUGUCAAUGUUUUUAUUGAAUAAACUAUA